UGUAAAGACCCUGGUGAAUUUGAAAACGGUAACAUUACUGGUACAGAGUUUGGUGUCGGGAGUGAACUGACCUUUGCUUGCAAUGAGGGUUACAUCCUGGUUGGCAUAGACAAGGUGAUAUGCUUGGAGUCUGGUAACUGGAAUGCUGAAAUACCACACUGCCAAGCUGUGUCCUGUGAUCAAACGCCAGUUCCAGAACAUGGCAGCAUUUUGGGCUCCAAUUUCACUUAUGGAAAAAAAGUUAUAUUCAGAUGCAAUGAUGGCUACAUCCUAACUGGUCAUGAAGAGAGUACGUGCCUUGCUGAUGGUUCCUGGAGUCAUGGAGCACCAUCCUGUGAAUCAGUCAAAUGCCCUAAACCAAAGGAAAUAGCUUUUGGAAAUGUUACCAUUAGUGGCUUAACAUUUCAGUCAACUGCAUCAUAUAAGUGUGACACAGGAUACAGCCUUCAGGGUCCAUCAACUCUGGUGUGUGAAUCUUUAGGGAAAUGGAGUAAUGAUGCUCCAAACUGCAAGCUUUUAUCCUGUGGACUUCCUCCAGUUGUUAAAGAUGCUAUCUCCAAAGGAAAAGACUUCAUGUUUGGAAAUCUAGUGACCUACACUUGCAAAGAAGGGUACACUUUAUUUGGUCCAGAAACUAUAAGCUGCCUGUCUACUGGAAAAUGGGGCAAUAACAUUCCACAAUGCAUGGCUGUAUCAUGUGAUGAGCCCCCAAAUGUGAACUAUGCUUCCUCAGACAGUGCACAUCGUCUGUAUGGAGAUACUGCAUAUUAUUACUGCUAUGACGGGUACAGUAUGGGUGAUAACAGUAAAAUGCUUUGCAAUGCACAAGGAAAGUGGGUACCACCUGAUGGUAAAGUAAUACCCCAUUGCAUAGCUGAUUUCUGUGAAAAGCCCUUGGAGGUUCCAUAUGGUAUUCUAGAAUCUAUCAGCAAAGCAAAGUUUGUAUCUGGUACAACAGUGAGUUAUAAAUGCAUGGAAGGCUUUGUAUUAAACACAACAGGCAAAAUUGAGUGCCUGCGAGGUGGAGAAUGGAACCCAUCACCAUCCACUAUUCAUUGUAUACCUGUCCGCUGUGGAGAACCACCUAGGAUGAAAAAUGGUUAUGUCAUUGGAAACAAUUACAGCUUCGAUGCUGUAGUAGCCUACAGCUGUAACAAAGGAUAUUACAUAAAA